AUUCUUUUUGGACGCGAGCAGACAGUUUUGAUGUUUGAUACGAGAAAAUGGCGUCCAAGAGCUUGGUGGUGGUAUUACGUGCAGUGAUAUAAACAUUGGAAAUAUAUUAACAUUUUUUGACUAUGUUCUUCUGAUGGAGUUUUUAAACUAAGGAUUACAGUGUUAGUGUUGUGAAAAUGGCUGCAAAUAUGUAUCGAGUUGGAGAUUACGUCUAUUUUGAGGCGUCUUCGACAUCUCCCUAUCAAAUCAGGCGUAUAGAGGAAUUAAAUAAAACGGCAUCGGGAAACGUGGAAGCUAAAGUGAUGUGUUUUUAUAGACGAAGAGACUUGCCUAGCCAGCUGAUUCAGUUGGCAGAUAAACACCAAUGUGCCUUAGACGAAUCUGGAGAGAGCCCUAUCCCGGAAAUGGGUGGUCGCGCGAGCGAACUGCUCAGUCCGAAGCAAAGACACCAGAUGAAACAUCGAGAGCUCUUUCUUUCUCGUCAGGUGGAAACUCUACCGGCGACCCACAUCCGAGGGAAAUGUUCUGUCACUCUCUUCAACGAAACCGAAGCUUUGGCUUCAUAUCUAAACAAAGACGAUAUGUUCUUUUACUGCCUUGUGUUCGAUCCUACUCAAAAAACUCUCCUUGCGGAUAAAGGGGAAAUUAGAGUCGGUUCUCGGUACCAAUGCGACGUACCACCCAUGCUUAGGGACACCGAAGAAGACGACCGAAAUUUAAACGAACUAGAAAAUUUAGUAUGGACGCCCGAACAUAACCUAAGUGAUAGACAAAUAGAUCAGUUUUUGGUAGUAUCUAGAUCGGUAGGCACGUUCGCAAGAGCUUUAGACUGUAGUUCAAGUGUUAAGCAGCCUUCGUUGCAUAUGUCCGCGGCAGCGGCGAGUCGAGAUAUAACAUUAUUUCACGCCAUGGACACGUUACAUAGACACGGUUACAAUUUGUCGAGUGCGUUGUGUUCUUUGGUGCCCUCUAGUGGACCAGUGCUUUGCAGAGAUGAAAUGGAGGAAUGGAGCGCCUCAGAGGCAAACCUCUUCGAAGAGGCUUUAGAUAAAUAUGGAAAGGAUUUCAACGAUAUUCGUCAAGAUUUUCUCCCGUGGAAAACGUUGAAAAACAUAAUUGAGUAUUAUUAUAUGUGGAAAACUACAGAUAGAUACGUUCAACAAAAAAGAGUCAAAGCUGUAGAGGCAGAAUCAAAAUUGAAACAAGUCUACAUUCCUAACUACAAUAAACCAAAUCCUGCAGCAUUAAAUAAUAAUAAAGGCGUUGUUAACGGAAGUAAUGGCAGCUCAGAUCCCACAGUUUCCUUGGGUGGCAAAGCAUGUGAAUCCUGUAAUGUGACAGUAUCAAAUCAGUGGUACGCGUGGGGUCCUUCACAUAUGCAGUGUCGUUUGUGCCAAGUGUGUUGGCAUUAUUGGAAAAAAUACGGCGGAUUGAAAAUACCGACAAGAUUUGGCGAUGGGGAUUUUGAGAAUUGUGGAAAAAAGAAAUCUGGCAGUGACGUCGACGAAGAAAGAUUACCCGGUAUGUCGCAUAGACCGCAUCGAUGUAACAUAGGAGGAUGCGGAAAAGAAUUUAAACUUAAAGCACAUUUAGGAAGACAUUAUGCUACUGCCCACGGACUGGUCAUUAGGUCCGGUUCACCUAGACCAAUAAUGAAAACAAGGACUGCAUUUUAUCUCUACACUACACCAAUAACGAGGAUUUCUAGAAGAUUGUGCAGGCACAUAAUGAGACCGAGACAUGCAGCUAGGGCUCCUUACUUUGCCAUAAAUAUACAAGCUGUCAAACAGGAGUGUAGUAUACAAAUGGAAGGUAAAACAAUAAGUGAAUUAAAACAAUUGCUUGUAUAUCGAAAGAAAAAUAGAGGUAGCGUUACGGCAAUAGCCACACGACUCGGUAGGCCUGGUGCAGUUGUACCGCAAUGGUUGAUAUUAACAGCUAAAGAACAGUUACCUCAACCUGAUCGAGUUGCAUUUCCAAAACCACCAAAAGCUCCCGAUGGUAGUUUGCUUUAUGAAAAAGUACCCAAUAAGCCAGAAGCAGAGAAAAUACCAUUAAACAAUAUGUCACCUUCAUUAAAGAGGAGAGCUUAUGAAGAGAUGAAUGGAAUGGAUAGUGUGGCAUUGGCAGCUCCACCACCAUCAAAGAGAAUAACAAAGGAACCCAUACAAGUAACAAGGCCUGACCAGUUCCAAGCUCUAAUGGCUGCUCAAAUGUUACCGGCUCAACCUUUACCUCGUCAUAUCGCACAAAUUAAUGGCAAACCUAAAAUAGCACACAUGACGAGAACUGGAUCCGGCAGAAAACAAGUCAUAAGUUGGAUGGAUGCACCUGAUGACGUUUACUUCAGAGCAACAGAAGCUAAUAAGAAAAUUAGACGGCAAAUUGCGUUAGCGGAAUUAAGAAGAGGAGCUAGGAAACCUUGGAGGCAGUUGAGAACGAAAAUGGAUGAUCCGCAAGUAGUAGUGUUGGAUUGACAGUGAAUUCAAACAAACAAACUGUAAAUUAACUUCAUCAAGUGCUUAUUGUGUCGAGGCACAGAUUUAAAGCGAACAUUUUUAUUAAUGUAGGUCAAUUUGUGGAUAGUUAGAUCGGAAAAUAUUCCAUAAGAUUUUUUUUUUAUAUUAACGAUCACAUAUAUUAAGGGAAUCUGAAUUGUUACUGUUAUUUAUUAAUUACAUGAUUGUUUGCAAUGUAAUCAAGUUGAUAAGUUUUAUUAAAAAAAAUUAUAAACAAAAUAGAGAAAGCACAAGAAUAUAAAAUGUGUCAACAUCGAGCAGAUGCAUCUUGUAAUUAGUAGUAAAAAAUUUAUGAAUUCUCUAGUGACAGACGCAGUUGUCACUAUGACUAACGUAAGUAUGAUUGAUUCUUUUUAUUGAGUUAUUUAAUUCUUUGCGAUUUCUUUAUCAAGAAAAUAACCAAGAAAUCUGCAGUUUUUCUCUUCCCUACUGAAUUAGCAAUCGUCAUUUCCCACAAGAUUCAAUCUCAUUAUGUGCUUUUUGAGGUGGCGGUGUAAGAAAGUCAGUACAAAAUAUUGCAUAUUUAUAAAUAUAAUGAAAUCCAGAUUUUCUUGAAUUUAUUCAAAUUAUAAAAAAUAUGUUACUUGAAAAACUUUCGUUUUAGUUUUAAUUUUUCAUUGUAAUUUAACAAAAUGCCAUUCCACUGAUAUCGUCAGCGAAAAAUAUGUAUUGGUUCAUUGAUGCAACAAUAAUUAUUUCGUUUAAAAAAAUUCUACAAUUCUAUCACUUAUCUUGGAUGAUUUACCAAUGUAUUUGCUUGAACAACGUUCUCUGGUUUCUGAUUAGUUUUAUCGAUUAGCUUUACACUGUUUCUACCAAUUUUGAGUACAUCCAUAUCUUGCGAAUUUCUUAAUAAUCUGACUAUUAGUCUUACAGUUCGGGAGAAUGUGGAUAGAGGUUUCAUUCUCUGCAUAACAGAAUCUGCAUUUUACCAGAAGUCUUUGCCUUUCUUAGCCCCUGUAGGUUCUCCCAAUAAUUGCUUUCGCUCCUAUCUGCCUUCUUUUCUAGUGCUUUUUCUAUCGUUCUGUAGCUGACCCGACAGAAGGCUUCAAGUCCUAUGAAGAGUAUGUAUGUUCCUACUUUAGCGAGUAUAUUUCGUUUUCAGAAUGUUCUGACCCUAUACACUCCUAUUCUGCUACUUUACAAUCAUCCAUGUAGCAUUUAAUGGCAUUUUUGUUCAUUUCUCACUGGUUCACCAGUAGGAGAAAAAAUUUUUUUUCAAAGACUGUGCUUUACGACCCCUACUGGUGAACCAGUGCGAGUUAUACAAAAAAUUGUAAAGCAAUUUCGAAGAGCUCAAAAUUCCUGACAAGGUCCAUCAAACUGAUUUGAAUUAUUGUAAAAAGUGAGUAUUAGAAAUUUGUAAGAAAGUACUUAAAAUUGAUAUUAAGAGCUCAAAUUUGGUGAGAAUUUUUUUUUCUAUACAUAGAUUGAUAUUUUUCUUGAGCACCGAAAAAUUUUUUUUCGGAAACGAAUCACCCUAAUGAGGAGUAUUAAAAUCUAACAAAAUACAGACUUAUUUCAUAUAAUUGUUUGAAAAAUAACGAGUAAUACAACUAGCAAAGUAAUAUUGAAAAGAUUCCCAUAAUAAAGAUUAUACUGGGGGAUGAAUAUAUAUGUGUAUACCAUACUAUUCACAGAUAUGACCUAAAACACAAUUUACAAAAAGUUGUGUUAUGAACCAGCGUGCUUUUAAUCCACCUCCAGCAAUAUUGUGAAACAUUCAGUGGUGAUGAAAUUGGAGAGAACAUUGUAAUAUAAAAUAAAAA